AUGUCGGGACCCUCGUGUGCUCGUGCACUCAUCAGUGCGACGAAGAGAGUCAAGAUAUCUAGCCCUACCACCAACGGACAAUGCUUGCCAUUACCACGAUGCACGAUAUCAGGCACAAAUCAAAGACGACACGACAGUACAGUGGUAGAAGCCUCGCGCCACCUCGACCUGACACCGGGCGCAGCAGAAGCGCCUCCCACGUCAAUUACACCCGCCAACAUCGACCAAGAAUUAGCAAAUCUCCGCCUCCCCCGCGCAGUGCAAGCAACCUACCUCGACCCCCUCCGCCACCCCCCCACCUUGGGAAUCAAAACCGCCGAACUCCAACUCCGCUCUUACAGCAUCCGGAACCUCGAAGUCUUCACCGACUUCUGCCUGCGGGCUGCAUAUUACCUCAAACUCGCCGCCAAGGGUCCCAUUGCGCUACCGCGACAGGUGGAACGCUGGACCGUGCCGAGGAGUAAUUUCGUGCAUAAGAAGUCGCAGGAGAAUUUUGAGAGGAGGACUGUCAGUAGAGGGAUCAAGAUCCUGGAUGGGCAUCCGGAAGUCGUGGCCACGUGGUUGGCUUUUGUUAAGAAGCAUCAGUAUUAUGGGGUGGGUAUGAAGGCUAAUGUGUGGGAGUAUGGGAGUUUGGAAACGGGUAAGGAUAUGGAUGCUGAAGCUGAGAGGAUCGCAGGGAGGUUAGGAGAGCAGUUGGAUUUGGUUGGGGGAAAGGAGGGGUUGAUGGUGAAGCAUGCGCAGACGGUGGAGGGGAUGUUGGGGAGUGAGCCGUUCAAGGCGAGGUGGGGGGCUUAUGCUGCUAUGGGUGGGGCGGGGGGUGUGCCGAGUGCGGGGCGGAGGGUGGAGAGUGUUAGGGUUGGUAAGAAGGCUGCCCGGGCUAGGGCUGGGAAGGAAGUGGAUGCCGCAAAGGCAGAAUAG